AUGUGCUCCACUGGAGUCCUACUAGCUCGCGCAUGUGCUGUGCUCAUGUGUUUGGCCGUCGUGGCGCGAGCACCGCCGGCCAAGGUCCAUGCCGCCGGGACAGGGAAUGGGCACCUUGGUAUCCCUACCAAUGCCUCCCUGGCGCACUGUCCCUCCUACUGUGGGGAUGUCGAAAUCUCGUACCCCUUUGGGAUAGGACCGGGCUGCUUCCGGCAAGGCAUCGAGUUCGAGCUCAGCUGCGACAACACAACUGGUUCUCCCAGGCUGUUCCUAGGAAACUCAACUCAGGUGACUUCUAUAGAUGUCGGCAGCAAUAUGGCUUAUUCUUCUGCUAUUGGCUACAAUAUCACCAUGGGCUUAGGUGUGGACACCUACACUCAAUCCUGGGAGGCCCCUACUGGUGUUGUUAUUGAUUAUGAAAACAGUAUAUAUGUAGUUGGAUGUGGUGUCGACAUCUACAUGUUCGGUGAUAAUACGACAGAUGUCAUUGGUUCUUGCAUGAGUAUUUGCACAGAUAACAGAGAGAUCAUGGAGAGGGCAAACAAGGGCUACGGUGCCUGUGAAGGGUUUGGCUGCUGCGCCAUCAGGUGGUCAUUAGCGGGCCGGCAAGCAUUUACUCUCAAGCUUGGCCGCCGCAAUAGUAACAGGGAAAUUCCGUAA